CACCAAGAUUUUCGGUUCAGAUCCGCAAUGGCUAAUCAGCCACUUGCCAGUGGACUAAGCGCCCAAGUCAAAAAGAAGCUAGAGGGGAAACGUGACCGCCAGCAAGAAUCCGAGGUAUUGGAUUGGAUUGAGGCUAUUUUGGGAACAAAACUUGAUCGUUCCAAGGCAUAUGAGGAAAUUCUGAAAGAUGGAGUUGUUCUGUGCAAGCUGAUAAACAAAAUAAAACCGGGAAGUGUGAAGAGAAUCAAUGAAAACUCCACAAUGCCUUUCAAGAUUAUGGAAAAUAUUAACGCUUUCCAAGAAGCCAUUAAAGCAUAUGGCGUGCCCAACUCGGACGUGUUCCAAACAGUGGACUUAUUUGAGAAGAAAGACAUUGCUCAAGUGACGCAGUGCAUAUUUGCUUUGGGAAGGACGUGCCAGAUCCACGAUGAUUUCACCGGCCCAACACUAGGACCCAAACUGGCACAAGAAAACAAACGUGAAUUCACCGAACAGCAGCUGAAAGAAGCUGCCAACGUGGUCAGCCUGCAAUACGGUUCAAAUAAAGGAGCAUCCCAGGCUGGAAUGUCUAUGGGAAAACAGAGAAUGAUUUUAGAUUGAUUCGUACAAAACGGUUAUCAGUAAGAACAUUCACCCUCGAUGUCACACUAAAUGGAUUCUAGUGAUCUUCCGCAGGCCUUUACUAUUGUCCAUUCUAUCCUUGAUGGGAUGAAAUCUUCCUGUCAGACCGUUCGCUUGAUCGUUUACCUAAAUCAUCUUCUAUUCUGACCGCUUUGUUCAUCCAUGUUGUUUUUAAUAAAAGCGUGAUCGUCAGCAAAGA